AUGCAAAAAUUAAAUUCAAAAAAUUACAAACUAGUUUCAAAACGAGUAUGCUCCUAAGUUUGAAAACAGAAAAUCGAGCAAAGAGUAAUUCUCGGAAUCCAAGGGAUUUGAUGUAACAGAUCGAUGACACCCAUAUAAUGCUGAAUUCAGGUUGGUGAAACUAGAUUAUGCACCCAAUUAAGAUGAAGAGUGGGCGUAGCAACCCCGAAGAAGAAAACAAAUUUUCUCUGUUUCAACUAGACCCUGUGUUUCUCCGAAAAAUUCUUUCAAGAAGUACUUCUCCAAGGAGUACUUCUUCGCGUUACUUCGGGAGUACCAUCGGCAGCACUCCUUUCCGAUGGGAAGUGCAUCCCGGUACCUCCAAAGAUCCACCUAACACGAAGGCAGAGCCGCCAGUCGUGCCACCAAUUGCCACACUUACCCAAGACAUCAAGAACAUCAAGAAGACCAAGGCAAAGAGAGAAAAGGGUAUGAAAUCGUCAGAAGAAUUUGGGUUUUCUGAUUCAGAUGCCGAGCAUCAGAAGAAUUUGUCGUCGUUGUCGUCCUUUCUGCUGGUACCACCGCCGCCGUUAAUUAGCCAAGCCAGGGUAAAACCUUGGGUUUCUCCGAUGGCCAGAGUGUCACGCUUUUGGAGGAAAAAAUUUCAGAAAAAUCAAAAUGGCAAAAGGGGUAAGGCAAAAUCGGAAGGGGUUAAAGCAAACGCGGAUGAUGAUUCAUCGACAUCUUCUGGAAAUUCCUUUAAAAAUUCAUCCCCAUUGAGAAAGCUUACUAGGAGAUUGGUUAAAUGGGCAACGUAAUUUGGGUUUGCUUUUCAUUUUUGGCUUUGGCAUUGAGUUUAUAAGUUUCUGAUAAUCAUUCUUCAUGUUUAUGUUUUUUUUUUUUUUUCCAUAAUAAUGGAAUAAAUAAUAAGGGAUGAA